UGCCGCGCCGCAGCAAUGGCCGCCGCCGCCGCAGCCGCCGCGAGAUCCUUCCUCCGAUCCGGAUCCGCCACAGCCUCCCUCCGCAGCGCGGCCGCCAGGGCCGCCUCUCGCUCCGGGCCGGCUGCCCCCUCGAGGCGGCUCCUCUCCUCUCCUCCCCGCGCCCGCCUCGCCCUAAGGUCGCCGCUGGAGAUGAGCAGCGCCUGCUUGGAGUCGCUGAUGCCCAUGCACAGCGCGACGGCCUCGGCGCUCAUGACCUCGCUCCUCGCCGCCCCGGCUCGCGUCGGUUCCUGCUGGAUCUCCGAAGCUGGCAAUGACGACCUGUGAAAAUAUCUAGGUGGAAUGUAGCAGACUAAAUCCAGUCACCACAAAUAUUCAGACUUAUGAUGGGUGAGGACGAAGGUCUGGGAUGAAGAGACGCCCUGUUUAUUUUCGCCAGUAACUUUUAUGAUGUGAGUUGAAGAGCUGGAGCUUAGACUAUUCGUUUCUAUUUGUAGAUGAAUGAUCUCUUGUUGUGGGAGCCUGGUGUGACUGUGAUGGUAGCUGCUAAGGACCUCUCCCACUGAAUUUGAGCUACGUUUUUAAUCUGCCUUUCUUCCCGCUCUGUUCCGGGAAUUUGGUAUGUAUUAAGCGUCUGCAGGAUUAUAACAGAAUUUGGGGGCGCACAAGAAAUAAUAUUGAGUUCAUUUCUGGGGCCA